UGUAAUAUAGUGUGUGUGUAUAUGGGUUUGGGAAGGGACACAAUUCAUCUGCUGGAGAGAUCUCAGAUCUUCUGCAGGAGAGAAUUACAAUUCUUGCAGAUAGGUUCAGGUUGAGUCUUGGGAAGAAAGUAAUAAGUGUUCAGCCUUCUUUUCUUUGCUGUAUUGCAUAACAAGAUUUCUCUCAAUGGGAGGCCUUUUGGUGAAGCUACUUUGCCUUCAGAUUUAAAAAUGGGAGAAGAAGUUUCAUGAAUGUUAAUAAAAGUUUAGUCUUUGUAGAUGGCAGUGAAGACUUGCUAGCAAAUCUCAUAUUAUGCACCUUCUGGAUUUUGGUAUUGUCAUAGUGCUCCUCCCCCUUACACAGUAAAUGCUGAAAUGAAAUGUGAAAGCAUUAUCAGUGUGGGUUCUUUAAUGUGCCUUAUGAUUCCUGAGUUAAGUAUCAACCCUGAUUAUACUUUUCAAGCUUUUCUGAAAUUGCAAUUGUUGGAAACCUGAGAACCUUAGACUACAUUAAAAAUACAUUACAAAUUUCUGCUAAAACAUAUGUUUUGAAAGUUUAGAACAACGUGUCAAAAGUGACUACAAGCUAAUGGAGUGACUUUGCAUAAGUGUGUUUGAUUUUUAUAGCUCUUUUAAAAAUGAGUUUAGGUUUUUAAAUUCUACUGUUUUCUGGUAAGGUGCUGGGGGGGGGAGUGGGUUAGAGUACUUCGACAAAAAAAAAUUAUCAAAAGUAAUACUUAGUCCUCCUGACUUUUUGAAACCUACCAAGGCAUCUUUCGGUUUCUCAGCUGAUUGUGUAUUUUCCCAUCCACCACCACUCCUGCUAUCAUGAGUGGUAAACGUUUUUCAUAAGAAAACAGAGAUUGUUCAGAAAUUACAGCAUAAGUAGUGUUGUGCCUGCUAAUCAGAUGUUCCCCAUAAUUUCCACUUGCUCCCACAUCCCCUUCUUGUUCAGUUUCCCAGAUAAAGUAACACUUUAGACAGGAUGGCUCAGUUCAUAUGUACCAGAUUCUGUCAAAGGGAUCAUUUUGCAAAGUGCUCCCACACACCUCUUUCUCUUCCAUGGGGUGCCUGAUUAGCCAUGUAACUUUGAACCCCUUAAUGUAAAGCAAAAGAAGUAUACUGAUGGCCUGGCAAGCCUCUUGGACUGCAACUCGCUUGCUUGAUAAUACUAUAGAGGCGUGAACUGUGAGCAAGGCUGGAAGCAUGCUGAGUCAGCAUGACUGCUCAGUACAGCCAUACAGGACCCUGGCUGCCAGGCUAUUUUUAAAUGUGGUUUCAUCCUACUCUGACUCCACCCAGGUUUCUUAAUCCCCCUCCUCCUCUGCCAUUUGCCUUGAAGUUUAAUAGAGUGGUGUGGGGCUGGCAGGGACAGGGGUGUUCAGGAGCUCUUAAUCUGAUUGUGAAGGCUUGCGUGUUAUGACGACCCCCAACAAAGGAAACAAAGCCUUGAAGGUGAAGCGGGAGCCAGGUGAGAAUGGGACCAGCUUGACAGAUGAAGAGCUGGUGACCAUGUCUGUGCGAGAGCUGAAUCAGCAUUUGCGGGGCUUGUCAAAGGAGGAGAUAAUCCAGCUCAAGCAACGCCGGCGAACCCUGAAGAACCGGGGCUACGCCGCUAGCUGCCGAGUCAAGAGGGUGACCCAGAAGGAGGAGCUGGAGAAGCAGAAAGCAGAACUUCAGCAGGAGGUGGAGAAGCUGGCCUCAGAGAAUGCCAGCAUGAAAAUGGAACUUGACGCCCUGCGCUCCAAGUAUGAGGCACUGCAGAACUUCGCCCGGACCGUGGCCCGGAGCCCAGUAACCCCAGCCCGGGGCCCACUUGCUUCCAGCAUGGGGCCCCUUGUGCCUGGCAAGGUUGCCACUACCAGCGUCAUCACGAUAGUGAAAUCUAAAACGGACGCCCGGUCUUAGUGAAACGAGCACUGCCUGGGCUUGUGUGUGCAGGGCAGUUAGGCACAAAGCUCAUCCGGAGUCCCUAAAGCACAACCCUCUCCCAGACAGCCUAGCCCACACAGGCACAUGCUGGCCUGCUUGUCACUGCAGUCUCUUUGUUUUUAGCUUUGUUCUGAUUGGUGUGACUGAUGGUAAUGCAAUCCUUCUUUAUGAGCGGAACCUUCCGCCCAAGGGUAUUCUGGGAAGAGACUGAAGGACCUCACUACUCUAGCCAAAGAGAAUCCCAGCAGCAUGGAAUAAAUUCUUGGGGAGGAAUGACCCAAAGUGGGGAGGGUAGAGGUCAUAGAAAGUUGGAAGACCUGCUGUCAGUGUUGACUUGAUACCAUUCUUCCAGGGUUGUGUGUCAGCUGUCUAGUCUGCUGCUUGUAAAUUGCUUGGUAUCAGUGGCUAUAAUGGGGGUAGUUUGUGUAACCAUUUUUAUAUUAACAUCUAGUUGCGCCUUUUAUGUUUAAAGGUGGGAUUCCUUAGGACUUUUCCUGAAGAGUGAUGUAAGGGGAAAACUGCAGUUUCCUGGUGUCUGUGCUGCAGAGAAGGGAAAGGAGCCAGGAAUGGGCACCGUUGCAGCCUCCUAUCUGGAAGAAGGCAGGUUGUACCACGGUGACUACAGGCCAGUUUUGUGCCUAAUGUGUUGCACUGAACAAGACCAAAAUCACUAGUUGUUUCCUGUGUUUGGAGAGUAUCAAGUGUCUCUAGUGUGAUGGUUUACACAACCUGUUUAUGUGGUUUAAUAGCCCUUUAUUUAUGAGAGAAACGUUCAUUUUAAGGAAUUAUUAAAUCAUUUAAGUUUCAAAGCUAAAAUUGGAUGAAGAACUUAUAUUUAACUGUCUCCUUUUUAACCUGAGAGGGUGAGAAUAUUUGGUAGUCAUAUUCUUGGAGACUUUGCUAGCUCAAAAAAUCAUAAAAAAAGGAAAAAAAAAAGCAAAUUUUAAAAGUUUCUCGCUACAUCUUUGUGGCUCUGAGGUUGGUUUUUAUAAAGAGUUAUCAGACUUUUAUUUAUAAAUAACAUAAAGAAAAAACAAAAACAAAAAAGGCUAGUCCUGUUUGAUAUCUUUUUGCAAUUGUACCAAAAGUGACUUAUUCUUGAACUCCUCACAUGCUUCUUUUGUGCUCCUGUUGUGUUUAGUUGUCUGUGCUCUGAGGUCUUGUGUGGCGCUGUGAUGUGAUGGUGCCAAUGGCCAUCUUUGCGGUGUGGGUGUCCUGUGAGCAUUCUUUUUUUGCUUUCCCUGGGCUGAGUGCAGGGUUUCCUUGGGCAUUUCACAGUAGACCUUCUGAGGCCUUCUGUCUUAUUAGAAGUUUACUCAUGUCUAAAGGCGUCACUUCUUAGCUCCUGAAGUUUGAGGAAGAUUGGUUCUUUUUUAUGGUAUUGCCAAAAUUUGUUCAAUAGUAAUGGGUGGAUAAUAUUCCAUUCUUCUUUGUCACUUGUAUCCCAGCCUCCAGAGUUUAAUUUCCUGGUGGUCCUGGGUGUCUCAAAAGAUCAACAAACUUGCAGCAAAGGUGGGGCUGAGGAGACAACUGCUAAUUACAUGAAAAUGUGAAGGAAUGAGUGAAGCUAACAGCAUGUCCUACAGAUAGGUAAAUAGAAUCAGUAUUUUGCAGGUUUGGACUAUAGUAGAAUUUAUGUAGCUUCACAUUUCUGGUAAGAGUCUUUUCCUGUUCUCAUCCCUUAAUUGUUAUUUUCUAUUGGCAAGGUUGCUGGGAAGUACUUGGCAAACCUAGCUUGAAUUUUUUUAAGGGCUAACAAGUAUGGGGUGGUCAGUGUGGCCCAGGAAAGACCAGCUGCACUGUAUAUGAUGUUAUAGAUGCUUAGGAAGUCAUUUUGGAAGCCUAUUCUCUAGGUUUCCAUUAACAGACAGCCUGUAGGAGCCAGUCAGCUUUUAGCACAGAAGGGAGAUAAUUGCUCUGCCUUCUGUAUUGCUAUCUAGAAAUGGUUGGUCUGCGGGCAGGAGCUGAUGGUCUUGCUAUGAAAAGGCAUCUCUUGUAAUCUUAGCAGGGAAUAUUUGUUAUAAGGUCAUUCCAGGUAGCCAUUUAAUACCUGAGACUUUGCUUAGAAAACUUUGCCUUUCAGAGUGUAUAUAACUAGUGAUGGCUGGUGAGCCCUAAAGACUUUACAGGAAACAAAUUCUAAACCCUUGGCGUAACAAGUGCAGAAAAACCCAUUAUAGUAAACAGUUAGCAGUCAGUAGAAUCUUAACUGGGCUGUCAUUACCAGUAGGACCGACAUGGUUGCGUAACUGAAGCUGGGCAGUAUAUCACCUGGUAGCUUUUUCAGAUUCUGAAAAAACUCAGUUUUAUAACAGAUUCUGCGUCUCAUAGAGGAAAUAAAAACCUAAAGUGAUAUACUGUAACAAAAGUGUCAGGUUGAGACAUGCUGGAAGGCUAAAUCCUCUGUCCAGUGGCAGCUAUCCACAGACCACAUGCAGUGACUUUAACCAAAAAGACAUUAGCCUCAGUUUGAUGGAAAUCACUCUCUCAAAGUUACCUUCCUAAUGCCUACCCACUGCAAGCAUUUCAGUGCCAGAAGUGAAUUGCAGGCAAAGAAGAAAGAAAGCUUUAAACAAGGAUUUGCUGUUAAAGUCCUUUCCCUGAUGUCCGGUGGAGCCUCCCUACCUGUCACCUCCCUUCAAAGAAUUCUAUGCUGCUGCAAACUUACCACUUGAAAUCGACUGUCUAGUCCCUGCUCUACUAAUAAUGAUUCUUUUAAAAGUCCCAGACAGCCUUUAACAUAGCAUUUUGGUAUACUUUUGUCUUUGCUCAUAUGGAUGGUAAAUGUGCAAAGGACAAACAACAAAAAGAGAGAAAAGGGGGAGAAAAACAGAGGAAAAAAGUACUGGUAUGAACACAGCAGUUACUUUUGCUGCAGUUUCCACCAAAAACCACACCACUACUUACUAGUAAGGAAAUGUUAUUAAGAAAGAUUUCAGAAUGAGCAAAAAAUGUGUGUCUCGAGUGUUGGGAAACCGUGAUAAAUAGAAGCCUGGAUUGACAAGAAUUUUAGUAAUUCAAGACUUGUUCUGCACAAUAUUCGCACCAUUUUGGUGCAAAAUCCAGCAUUUUCUGCACAGAAAAUAAAAUAGCAGAACGUAGAAUCAUAGAGUUGGAAGAGACCUCAAGGGCCAUCCAGUGCAAACCCCUACCAUGCAGGAAAACAUGCUAUUACCUGUGCAAGAGUGAAAUUUUAUGUAUUUAAAAAAACACCCACAUAUGAAUUUUAUCCAGAAUAAGUCUGCAGCGACAGCAUUUUCAAUGCAGAAAUGUUGAAUGCUUUCUGCACAAAAAUAUUAUACAUGGAUUUUGCACAGAAUGAAUUAUGAGCUGAGAAAUCUUCAAAAGCUGCAGUUUUCAAAGAUGUUCUUGGAGUGGGAAGAAAAUUGCUAAAAUUAUUCAUUGAGAACAAAAUUGGUCAAGGGUUACCUCUCUAUUCUGUUCUGCAGAUUUAGAAGGAAUGGGUAUGUACGAGUAGCUGCUACUGCAGCAUAGAAAAGUGGUUAUUGGCAAGCCAGGAAUGUUGCCUUGUCCUUUGGGGUGUUGCGGCCAUACUUGGGCCUGUAAAAGUCUGAGGAGGCCAUAAAGGUUUGUCACUUCUAUUUUUGAAGGCUUAUGAAUCAGUGAGGAUGUAGGAUUGUUUAGACCAGAGACUUUGAGAUUUAUUGUCUCAUUUCCCCUCUACCUCUCUCUGCAUCCUUCCCUCCAUCCUGAAGCUGUGCAUAUUUUCCUCCCUGCAUUGCCUUUCACUUUCUUGUCCUUGCCAAAGAAAUCUUAAUUCUGUCAAAACCAAACAAUUAUCAUCUGCAUAAGCAAUAUUUAUGCACACUUAUUACACUUGCAAAACACAGUAGCAUACAACCUGGGUUUUCUGGUGACCAAACUGACAAGUGACAGGCAGGGACUGAAAUUAUAUUUUAGGUCUCCUAGUCAUAUCUAGAUUUUGAAGUUGCAUGAAAGGCACUUAUGUGGCCUAGACUGCAGGUCUCACUUUUCAGCAGAGACUCUUAAAUUUUAGCUGUCUGGCCUAAAAAAUGUGGUUCUCUAUUUGCAUUGUUUAUUACAGUCUAUGGAAAGCAGCAUGACAACCUGCAUGAUGACCAGAGUUGGAAAUUAUUUGUUUAAAAUUAAUGUGUUAGUCCUAAUUCUUUAAGUUUUUCAACAAUGAUUGUGAAAGUCAUUAUUUUCAUUACUAGAUGCCAGUGGUGGCAGAUUUAGAUGUAUCACUAUUUCUGUUAAUUCAUUUUACUUUUGAGGAGUAGUUUUUUUUAAUGAGGUGCAAUAUUUGUCAAUUUUUAAUAAUUUUAAUUGACUUCUAGAAAAAUAAAACAAUGCAUUGAUAAUAGUUUAAUUUUAAUGAACUAAUAUUAUUUAAUGAUUAGCAUUGUUAAUGUUUCCAGCUCUGGUGCUCGUUCCAUACCUUGAGAUUCAGAUGCCACUUGAAUAAUAAUAUGCUAGUGGGUGGCUGUCUUUCGGGGUAAAAGUUUUAUUUCAGUGAACAAACAGUUUGGCAGCCCUGGUUUGCUGUGUUGAAUCUAAUACCAUCACAGUCAUGUCAUCCUUGUGUUGUGUGCCUUGAAGUAAUUUCUGACUUAUGUUGUGAACCAAUCAUGGAGUUUUCUUGGCAAGAUUUGUUCAGGGAGGUUUGUCUUCACCUUUCUCUGAGGCUGAGAGAGUGUGACUUGCCUGAGGUCAUGCAGUGGGUCUUCAUGACUGAGUGGGAAUUUGAACCCUGAUCUCUCAGAGUCCUAGACCAACACUCAAACCCCAACACUACACUGGUUCUCAGGAUGUCUUGCCAAUUGAUGUUAUCCUUAACAUUUCUCAAUUGGCUGUUCCUGCUCCCUGGAGUUGGCAGGGCUUCCAUUGCUGCUUCCUCUUACUGGGUUGUUUACUUUUCCAUCUAAAUCUCAGAUAGCAUGAGGAGUCUCUGGUUAAAGUCACUACCCUAGAGUUUCCAGAGGGUUAGCCAUGUUAAGCAAAAACAACAGAAUCUUGUGUCACUUGAAAGAUUAACACACUUACUGAAGCAUAAUUUUCUGUGGAUUAGAAUCAGAUUCAUCAGAUGCAUCAAAGUGUGUUGUAAAUUGUCACUUAUAUGUACAUGUGGCUGUUUUGAGGACCAUGGGAUGGUGGAGGAACACUUUGUUGGAAAUGAAUGACAGGACUUUCAGACAGCAAUAUUCAUGUUAAAGCUGGGAUGCAUUUCAAUUAUUACAGCGAGCAUUCGCAAAGCAAUAUUAAUGAUAACACAAACACCUUAACAUUGGUAUUUUUGUUGCCAUCAGUACCCCUUUGUGAUCUUUAACAGAAUUGUCAUCGUUUGUACUUCUGGCAAUUCAUUUCCUGCCAACUAUUCCUCCUGCCCUGUCCCACACUGGAGCACCCAUAUGUUAGAUAUCUUGAAGUGGUGACAAGAUUCUUCCUUUUGUUUUCUUCCAGAUGUGUUGUGCCUCCUAGCCCUUCUUAGGGCCUAAGAAGUGAAAAGCUAUCUGUGUCUAUGGUUUUGGAGGAUGUUGGCAGGUGCUUAUCCUUGUGUACAGUGGGAUGUGUAUUUGGACACCCUUUGGCACUGGAGUGUGUAAAGGACUGAAAUUCAAAAUGGUGAAUCUUCCAACACCCAGGGAGAUCUUUCUCACCUUCUCUUGCCCAUGUUCAGUCUGUCUCUUUCUCGUGUUCUUGAGUUCUUCCUCUCCCAGGUGCCCCCCUCAAGCCCUUCCCCUUGAUUUCUCUUUCUGGUAUAUAGCAUUCAGAGUGUGAUGGUUCUUGUUUUCAAGGUGCUUGUUUGUUUGGUUUUCCUGCUGUGAAGGGUGAUGUGUUUUUAUUUCUCCUUUUUUAUUAUGGGGCAUUUUGUUUCAUGCAGCCAGAGGGGAGCUUUGCUUUCUACUUGGCUGUAGAGCAGAUCCGUGAAGUAUAAUUCCGCCCACAUGUGGCUGGCUUGUGGCUCGGGAGGGGGAGGGGGUUGUUUUAUGUUGUGGUGAAUUGUGUAAAAGUGAGCUCUUGGAUUAUGAAAUAAUUAUUUCUCUCUGGAAGGAAAGAGAGAGAAAAUGAGAGACUGCAGGCCAGAAGUUGGGGUAUUUGAUAUUUGGGCAUGGGUGGAAGCAUGGUAGAUGAGUUCUUGGUUGGAUAUCUAAACAUACCCUGCAGGUAAGGCAGUACACCUCUUCUAUUCCUUGGGGCAGUAGGGUUCCUUUCUUGUUAUCUUUGAUGCACUUGGCAGGAUGGCAUCUCAUAAGAUACCCACCUAAGAACAGAACUGGCAUUCCUGUAUAAUGGUGGCUUACUGUAUGUAGGUAAGCUCCAGCAGCACCUUGCCUUCUUUGCCACUGACAGAUAAAAGUACUUACUGAUGAGCCUUCUUUUCUGAAAUCUUCUUGGUCUCAGGCUGUAUUUUGUCAGUAAAAAAAAAAAAAAUUGCUAAUUCCGUACACAGACAUUUUCUUUUCCUGCUUGAUAACAUUGCUGCUUCCUAUGAUAAAGCAGUGGGUGGCUGUGGCUGCUAAAACAGAGUAUUGCUUCUCCCCAUGUAGAAGGACUGAAAGUGGAUCUGAUAACAGCCCAGCUGUAAUCUUCAGUCAGGUUCUUCUAAGUGGUGAGGAUUUAUCUGCUCUCUGUCUCUGUUUAUUUGAUAUGUAUGAACUCUGGAUGCUUGUGGCUAAUAAGAGGCAUAGCACGGCUGAGUGCACAGACUCCUCCUUCCCAAUCAAAAUAUUUCUUGGACAAGGGUAGGGAUCCCCAGAUGGCUCCAAACCAAACUCUUUUGUCCUUGCUCUCACCUGCAGUUUGCUGUGUGUGUGUAUUACACCCUUUGCCAAACUGAAAUAUUACACAGCAACAAGAGAAAAUGUGAUAUUCAGAGCACUUAAUGAGAUGGACUGAUGACUGCUCCUGUUCCCCACCCUGCAGUUGCUGAGGGUAGUCCUUACAAUAUAUUAACUGAGAUGAAUUCACUGCUGCUUUAAAAUAUUUCUUAAAUGGGAAAGGAGUAUUUUAAUUAAAAAAAAAUCUCAGUCUCCAGAGCUAAUAAAAUUGGAGAUUAAAUAGAGAUUAAUUAUGUGCCAGGGGUGUAAUUGCAUAUUGUCAAGUCCUGGGGCUCUCCUGUACAUCAGUAGAGUCCAGUUAAGUAAUCAGUAUUUAUUGCUAAAUUAUUGUCCUUUUUCAAUCUGUAGAUAUCUGAUAACUGUAGGGGAUUUGUUGCCACAGCCCCAGUGGAGGUGUUGUUAAUUUAUUUAUGUAUAUAGUGUAUGUUUGUUGAUAUGAAGCAUUCUUUAUUUUGUAUAUGACCAAUAAACAUCUUUAAAGAG